AAGCCAAUGCUUUGCUUCACAAUUCACAUGCCCACCGCCACCUUCACCUUCUAUUCCUCCUUUCUUUAAUUCAUAAUCUCUAAUUGACCCUAUAAAUACACUUCCCACAUCCCCAACUAUCAUCACACUAAAAUUAAACAUGGCAACAACUUCUCUAACGUCCUUCUCAUCUCCUCUUAUUUUUCAUCCUUUAAUAUCUCAUAAUUCUCCCUCCAACCUCCUCCUUGUUCCAUCCUCUAAAAGGUCAUCUACUAGAGUUUUCGCAGCCAGAAGAGAGGCCCAUGACCAGAACUACAGCGGCCGGCUGGUGGAUUCCAAUAUGAUUGUUCUUAGGAAAAGAAUCCAUGAGAUGAAGAUGUUGGAGAGGAACUAUGAGCCUCCUUCCCAUUGGAUGGAAUGGGAGAAGCAUUGUUUUACCAGUUAUGAUUCUUUUAUUUGUGAAGUUGUGGGUGUUUUGCAAUCCCAGUUGAUGAACACAAGGCCUAGCUUUGCUCUGGGACUCUUUGCUUUGAUUGCUUUCAGUGUGCCCAUCUCAUCCACUUUGGUGUUUUCCUCUUUUUUUGAGAUCAGUAAGAUUGCCUUUGGUGGAUUUCACUUCGGUUAAUUAGCACAUCAAAAUUCAUAGUUAGUUCUAUAUUCAUAUAUUCAUUAUAAAUACAGAUUUGUUUCCCAACUUUCUGUUGGGCAUUUAAUAAUAAAUAAGAGCAGAAUUAGACCCUAUUAGCUUCUUAAUUUUUAAUUAUAUUAUGUGUAAAGAGAAACUUUGUAAUGAGAAAUGAUCCAAACCUGCUGUCGUUGUUCUUCUA